GUGUUUGAAAUGAAGGAUGAGGGAAAGAUGCAAAAAGACAGCUGUUCUGAAACGAAGUUGGAUGAGAAUUACAUAUACGGAAGGUGGGGCCCAUACCAGGUUGUUCAGGCAGCUAUAUGUUUCUUCAAUAUAUGGCCAACAGGAUUUCAGCUCCUGAUAGGAGUUUUCAUCGGUUACCGACCAGAUUUUCAGUGUGCAGCCCCAGAGAUAGACAACACGGAUGUAAAAAACGAUUCAAUUUACAUAACAUACGACAAAUGCAACAUCAAAACAUUUCUGAACAACACAAAUCAAGGGAGCAAUCACCUCAUAAACCAGACUUCAUGUAUUCAUGGAUUUCAGUACAGUCUAGAAAAACACAGUACAAUUGUGACAGAGAUGGACCUUGUUUGCGAUCGCGCUCCACUAGCUGAGCUUGUGCAAACUUUAGUCAUGGCAGGACAAUUAGCUGGGGCGGCCAUAGCAUCUUCGCUAGCAGACAAAUUGGGAAGAAAGACGAUUCUACUUUCCUCUCAUCUUCUGACAAUGGCGUUUGGAUUUGGGGUUGCUUUUUCACCCAAUUACACAACCCUAGCGAUUUUGAAAUUCAUUCUUGGUGUUUUGCAACAGGGAAUGGUGAUGCCGAAUGCUGUAUUAGGAUUAGAAUUGUGGCCGGAAAGAAUCCGUUUCUACUGCGAGGCAUUAGGUUUGUUUUUCUGGACAACAGGGUUGGUUAUCAUGGCCCCCAUUGCCUAUCUGUUGAGAGACUACAGUUGGAGAUAUCUUCAAAUUGCUCUUACCUGCUUUUCUCUGUUUAGUCUGAUUCAAUAUUGGGUUCAAGAUGAAUCUUUAAGAUGGCUUGUCGCAAAUGGGAAGAAGAAGGAGGCUGAUAGAGUGAUACGAAAAGUGGCAAAAUGGAAUAAAAUCAGUUAUGAAGAGCUGAGUAAGAUGGUGGAGAGAAAAAUGGCGCAAACCAAAACUAUUCCUGAGCAACAGACUGAUGAUGAGAAAACGGUUGAAGAAAGCCAUGAAUCCGAUUCGCCUUUGGUUGAAAAAUACUCAAUCAUUACAAUUUUGCGGAAUAAAACCAUUCUCGCAAUAUCGCUGAUUAUGUGGUUUACAUGGGUUACCAACACCGUAACCUAUUUUGGAUUAACUCUGACGUCGACAAGGCUAGCGGGGGAUCGUUAUCUGAAUUUCUUCUUAUCCUCCUUUGUGGAAUAUAUUGCUGUUAUUCUUGAGUAUAUCAUGCUUCGUUGCCUAGGAAGAAGAACUAUAACAGUUGUCUUUCAUGCUAUAUGUGGAGUUUCCUUGGCUUCAGCUACCUUAUUGAAUCACUUUGCAGGCAACAACAGUGCACUUCAAAUGUCUUCGGUGGUGACGACUUUUAUUGGGAAAAUGGCAAUUACAGGGUCUUUUAGCACUCUCUUCUUAUAUACACCUGAGCUCUAUCCAACAAAUCUGAGAAAUGUUGGAAUUGGGUUUUCUUCAGCCUUUUCAAGAAUUGGUGCGAUAGUAUCUCCAUUUGCUGGAACGUUGGCUGAAGCAAUACCCUGGGCUCCAGGAACGAUAUUUUCUGCAAUGUGCUUCACUGUGACAUUACUGAUCUUAUGUGUACCCGAAACACGUGGUUCUGAACUUCCCCAGUCUUUGAGAGAAGUGAAGUUAUGGUACACCGAAAAUAGUGGCAUUCACAAACGAAACAAAACCACGAACACAAAGCUUUGAGGAAAUCCUAAUUUUUAUAACCACUGAGAUGAGAGAUUUAUCUUAAACUGCACUUAUCAACACAAUGAAUUUUUGCCAGAUAAAAUAUUCUUGGGGCAGAUAAAGUUACUUUCACAUGUUUACCAUAAACAACAUUUGAAUAAUAAUUCUUUCUUGUAACUUUUUACAUUUUAAAAUGUCUUUUGAACAAAAAAUGAAAUGAAAAACGAACAGUUCCAGAGUCCAGUCAAACAUAAAUCACGAGCAGAGCAAACACGGACCUAUCAAACAUCAGAGGUGGGAAUGGGUGCCAAUGAGGAGUAACCAUCCCCUACCAACCGGCUACAUCCGCAGUGUACAUUUUGUUAUGAACGGAAAACGGAAAAAUCUGUCGAUAAUCCAAUGUGUGUAAUGGUCUAAAAAUCAAUAUAAAAAGAUUAUUUUUAGACCAUAGAACU